AUGUCUGACCUUACUUUCCCAACCUCAGAUUCAUCAGCUGGUCGCAUCAGCCCGGCCCCAUCUCUUACAGAGUCAAACUGCAAAUGUAAUCUCGACAUACCCCAAAGCGCCAAGCUCGCACUGAUCAUUCACGAGGAGCAAGAUGAUGUCUUAUCCGACUCUGCCGAAUAUACCUUCGAACCAGGUAAAGGCCCACCAAUCAAAGUCAAAGCCCUCCGUGCACGACAAUUCAUCAAGAAGAUUGUUAGUUUCGAUCAGGAUUCAGACUACGCCAAAGCGUUCCGCAGCAACUGGGAAUCAGUGAAGCUUUCAUGCAGCCUUCUAUAUAUAGUUGCGACUUUGUAUGGGGAACAAGAAGGUGAGAAAGAAUGGCCUAUUGAGUGGGAGGAUGGGACCGCUUUGACCUUUUUCCUCGAGGAGACUGUUGCAGCCUGGAUAGAGGAUCUUUCAGAUGAAGAAACAACCAAAGUUGAGGAACUAGCUGAGAUAAUGGGGACGUCUUUCGCCGUUGAUCUUGAUGACGACGCUGCUGUGAGGAGGUAUCAGAGUCAAGUAUGGGAGCAUAAGUACAGGGGUUGGGUAGCUCAGGCUAGGACUUCGACUUGA